CUAAAAUUAGCAAAAGAAAGAUUCACAACCACGCCAGGAUAGAAGAUUCCUUCCCUCUUCUGGAUAACAUGAUUGCAUGAACCAUGAAAGGGUCACAGUUGACAGUAAUUAGUUAGGGACAGCGAAGUAAUUUGCUGACUUAUUCCACCAUCUUCACUUGAAUCAAUCCAACGGCUCCCGACUUUUACGCUAACAAACCAAGUGUCUGGUGUAAUAACAGCCAAUCCCCCGCCACAUUAUAAAACGGGGGCUCGCCGGCACAAAAUCUUCAUCGCCUCCAAACAUACUGCAAAAGGCUCUCCCGGGUAACAAGGCGGAUCACGAACGGAAUCAUGAUCAGCCGUAGCGUCCGCCCAAAGCACGUCCACAGCCUCCGCCGCCUCAACUCCGCCGCCGUGUCCCUCCCCUGGGCCGACGGGAAAUCCGAUCCCCCGGCCAGGAUUCCCGACCGCACGCCCCCCGCCGACGGCUGUCCCGUCGACCUCACCGACACCAAGUCGCUCUUCGCGUCGUUGUCAACCGGGAAGCUGAUCCGGUCGGCGGCGACGCUCCACCUGGCCUCGAUAGGCCCGAUGGUGGACAUCGGGACCUGGGUCAUGGGAUCGAGGCUGAUGGAGGUCGACCUCGUCCGUCGGGCGGUGCUGGGGUUCACGGAGCGGACCUUCUACGGCCACUUCUGCGGCGGCGCGGAUCUGAGCGCGGCGCGCGAGACGGUGGAGAGGCUUUGGUUUGCCGGACUCAACGCUAUGAUGGAUUAUGGUUUGGAGCAUGCCAGCGACAACGAGUCCUGCGAUUGCAACGCCGACGUGAUCGUCGACACCAUUAAUUCCAGCAGGACCUCCGGAAAUUCAGCUGUAAGCUUCGUGGUGGUGAAGUUGACGGCAAUUUUCCAGCCGAAGCUGCUCAGGCGAGUGAGCGACCUUUUACGGUGGGAGCACAGAGACACCUCCCUUCACCUCCCAUGGAAACUCAAAUCCCUUCCGAUUUUAUCCAACAUUAGCCCUUUAUACCACACCCCAACAAAACCCCAACCUCUAACCCUACACGAAGAACACGACCUCCAAUUGGCGCGCGCGAGGCUCGACAGAAUCUGCAGACGAGCAGUCGAGGCCGAUAUCCCUCUCUUGAUUGAUGCAGAAGACACCUCAAUCCAACCGGCCAUCGACCACUUUGCCUACUCGGCCGCUGUGGAACAUUCCGGAAGGGAAGACGGGAGCCCCAUCAUAUUCAACACGAUCCAAGCUUACCUCAAGGACUCGAAGGAGAGGCUCGUGGCUGCCAAGGAAGCUGCUGACCAAAUGGGGGUGCCUGUGGGGUUUAAGCUGGUGAGGGGAGCUUAUUUGUCGAGCGAGAGGAUGUUGGCUGAUAGGUUGGGGGUUAAGUCACCUGUUCAUGAUAGCAUAGGGGAAACUCACACUUGUUUCGACUCGUGUGCCGAUUUUCUGCUUGAGGAGAUCGGGUGCGGGUCGGGUUAUGCUGUGCUGGCGACCCACAAUGUUGAAUCAGAUUUUAAAAAUGGUGGAUGGAUUGCAGGGAAAAUGGCAGCAUCAAAAGCGGUUAACCUGGGAAUCAGAAAGAACAGCCCAUAUCUCCAUUUUGCUCAGCUCUAUGGAAUGGCAGAAGCACUUUCUUUUGGGUUGAAAAAUGCCGGUUUUAACGUGAGCAAAUAUCUGCCGUUUGGACCGGUCGAGCAAAUCAUGCCUUAUCUUCUCAGAAGGGCUGAAGAAAACAGGGGACUCUUGGCUGCCUCAUCUCUUGAUAGGCAACUCAUGAGUAAGGAGAUAAUAAGGCGUGUUGCAUCAAGAUCGAUCGAGGCUUGAUGUGUUUUGUUCUGAUGAUCAGUAUGGAUUUGCUUUGGGAGAGGAUUUUGCUUAUUGCAGUACAUGUAUAUUGAUGAUUAUUCAAGAAUUAGAAUCUCAAGAAUUGUUAGGCAUUUUAUUGAUGAAGUUAUAAUUUUUGUGUGUAAAAAGUGAGAGAUAGCAACAAAAAGUCCCAUGUGAAUCAUUUGAAUGUGAAUUUACGUAGCGUUUUGUUGCUUUCGUCUCAAGUUGCUCAGUUGCUAGAAUAAAACCAGCGCGCAUGCAGAUUUGAUCGAACUAGCUUGAACGAGCUUUGUACGCGAAUGUUUGUUUGUUCACAGCUCCGCCAGAUAAUAUGUAAAUUUUUGUUGCUUAAUAAUAGAAGAUGAAGUUGGAUGGUUUUUUUUUUUUGGGGGUACAAUGGAAGGAAGGUAUUUUCAUUUGCUGUGGAACUCGUAGCAACUAGCAAGCUAGUAAAUGAAAAAUUUCCCUGCAUUAUGACAGGAAUUUCUUACAA